GCACGCACGUGUAUAGAAAUUAGAGCAGUCAUGGCCACCAUUUUGAGGUCUGUGUCAGUGAUUUUGAACGUUUUGUACGCUCUAAUCGGUUUCGCGUUAGCUGCAGUGUCAAUAUGGUAUUUUAUAGAGUUGAAGAACAUCACUAACUUACGUAACAGUGAUAGAUAUCUGCUUAAUUUCAAAGUGUACUGGCCUCAAGCGAUUCCGUGGAUAUUUCUAGCAGUCGGUGUGCUAUUAGUUCUCGUAUCAUUAUGUGGUUACUGCAGUGUGUGUGGAGGAAAUGGUGUAUUAGUAAUAUAUUAUAUAUUUCUAAUAAUUGCAAUAAUUGGAUCCAUCGCAGCGGGCUGCGUGUCGCUUGUAUACGCUAAUGGAAAACCAACUGACGAUUUUAUAUCUGAAGUAAUUUGGGAUGCAAAAUCCGAGAUGAAAGCGCACGAUGACAUCGCAACUGCGUUCGGACAGAUCGAGACGAGAUUCAGAUGCUGUGGCGCGAAGAAUCCAAAUGAGUACACAUCCUGGAUGACACAUUUCCCGAAGUCUUGUUGCCAUCCUAACUCCGGAGCAUGUGAAUUUAGUAAUAGCAUAACUUAUGAACGUCAUGGCUGUAUAGAGGUGGUCACAGAGUACGCUAGGAUAUUUAUUCUGGCCUUAUCUGUAGCGUCGUUGGUUAGCAGUUUGGUAGGAAUUAUAAAUUUAGUUGUAGCCAUUUUCUUAUGGGGUAACUUAAAGAGGAACCCGACCAGACUGCCACAUAAUAACGAUAUAGAUACAUUGAAAAUGCCUUUAAGAGAAAAAUAAAUAAAUAAUUAUUAUUUUCCUUGUAAUUUGCCAAAGAAUCUCCAUAAUAUGUACGAGUAAUUUUUAUGGAUUGUUUUCAAUCUGUGAAUUCAUUAAUUUGUUAAUUACAUUUAAUUAAUAAAUAAAAAUGUAUUUCCGCGUGAUAAAUUAAUGUAAAUAUUUGUAAAUAUUUUAGUUAUUAAAUAUACAAUUGUAUAGAUACAUAUAAGGUAAAUUAUUGCAAUAUUAGUGUAUAGGAUUUACAGAUUGUUCAUUGUAUAGUUUACGUCAUUUGGUUAAACAAUGUAACCUUUGUGGAGAUCAGAUAAGUGUUACAAUUAAUUUGUGAAUGCUUUAUACUGAGAUGAAUGAUGUGUGUAUGUAUGGUGCUUAUUGUUCAUUAUACUGCUCAUACAAUUUUUA